CAGUCGCAGCAUCUCUCCUCACUGCACCAGGGCUGAGGGACUCCUCGUCCCCUCUCCUCCCUCGCUGCAGUUUUAACUCAUCUCCAUCAGUGCAGUCAUCCUUUUUAUUUUGCUUGUUCCUUUGGAUAAAUGCAUUGCUUUCUCAUUUUCCCUAAUCCAGGAUUCAAGGAUUUAUUUGUUUAGAAAAAAACAUGGAUUGCCUUGUUUGACUGAGGCAAAGGGGGCUUUUUGCAAAAGGCAACGCUAAAAACUGGGACUCCACCUGGGACUUUGUUUUGUUGUUUGCUGCUAGAGUGGAUUUCCCCUUUUGUUGUUCUUCCAGGGUUUUGGUCAGAGUGAAAGGCAUACCAUACGUGGACUAAAAGACAAAGGCAUAGGAUCCUGCACAUUUUUCAACUUAAAUGCACUCUUAAGAGAAGUAGUUAGAAAAGCUAUGGUUGCAUCAAGCAGUUGAGGAGAAGGUAUUAUGACAGUAACAAGUUUAUGGGAUAAUUGAAAGGAUUCUGAGACCCCUCUCUGCAAGUGUGGCCACAGGGAAUGCCGAGGAGUGAGUGGAGCACUGAGUUCGUCAGCUGGCCUCUUGUUGGUCCUAGAGUGUCCUUUCGCCCACCUGCAUGGGAUUCUGACAUUUAACUCAUUUAUCCAGUCCUGGAUGUUUAUGCUUUUUGUUUUGUAUGUGCAUCUUGCAGUCCAGUAACACUGAGAGGCAAGCUUGUACUUUUGGAUUUAAGCCUUUUCUGCUUGACCGAGACGUUUUGACACACUUUGUUUGACCAAAUUCUAGACAUGCCUUAUAAACAGAUUUUCCCCCCACAGCCGUAUGUGCUGAAAGAGCUGUGACAUUAUCUCCUCUGGACAUCCCACUGUUAUUGUAGCCUGUCUGUGUUUUGAUUCAGACAAUAGCUGGGCAUACAUGGGCUCCAGACGCUGACCAGAGGACCACCAAAAUAAGGGAUGCCUGCUCUAUCACUCACCACAAAUUGAAACUCUGAUUUGGACUGAAGAGCUGAUUCAUGAAAGAUAUGAUCUAAGACACUCUUUUUAAGGCUCCUUGAUGAUCCUUGAUCAGCUUUGUUUUUUAAAGUAUCGACCGGAGGAAGCACUGUUCUCAGUUUUGUCCUGUAACCUUGUGCGGUUUCCUUCCUCACAUCUUCUGUGCUCUCUGCUCCUGUGGUGACAGCUUAAAAUCCCCAGCCUCCUGGUAGAAACUCUCAUUAAAAUCAUGCGAUGAGGCUACAGACCGGGACUCCAAACCAGCAGGGAAACUCGCCUCUGGGAUCGAUGCUGAUAGCGGGACUAAUACUACUCUACUUUAGGUUGAAUCAUUUUUCCUACUCCUAAGAUGUCCACCAACUGCCAUCAACAGCCAUGCACGAUUUGGAAGAAGUGAUGAACAAGUUGUCAUGCUGUCGCAGAGACUGUACUGAUUUUCCUCCAGUCAGUGUUCACUUGAUUGAGGCCCAGCUAUGUGAGGGUAUGCUGAUCAAAAGCACGAGUGUGCUUGAGAGAAUAAUAAGCUUUUAUAACUGAGGGACGGUGAAAAACCAUAGGGACACGGGUUCUCCAGUUUCAAGUCAAACUCCUUAUGGGUGGCAUGUCACAAAGCUGAUCCACCUACACAGAAAAAAUGAACCAUUCUGACCUGACAACAGAUCCCACGCUCACUGCCAACAGCAGCAAUGGAGAGGUCCUUCCUGGCAGGGUCUCCAACCACUCCUGUCCUUUGGGAUGGGGCUUAAAGGAAGGCGUGGAGGCUUGCAUUUUGGAGACUGCAGUUAUCGUGCUUUUGACGGUCCUCAUUAUUGUUGGGAACCUGACGGUGAUCUUUGUGUUUCACUGUGCCCCUCUGCUGCAUCACUACACCACAAGCUACUUCAUCCAGACUAUGGCCUAUGCUGACUUGCUGGUUGGUCUCAGUUGUCUUGUGCCCACCUUGUCUCUGCUACACUACCCAGCAGCUGUCCAGGAACCAAUCACGUGCCAGGUUUUCAGCUAUGUCAUCUCUGUUCUGAAGAGCGUCUCAAUGGCCUGCUUGGCCUGCAUCAGUGUGGAUCGCUACCUAGCCAUAACCAAACCGCUAUCGUACAACCAACUAGUGACACCAUGCCGGCUGCGUGGCUGUAUCGCCCUGAUUUGGGUCUACUCCAGCCUGGUGUUCUUGCCGUCUUUCUUUGGCUGGGGUAAACCAGGAUAUCAUGGGGAUAUAUUUGAAUGGUGUGCUCAGUCUUGGCCCACCUCGGCCAUAUUCACAGGCUUUGUGGUGUGCUUUCUUUAUGCACCCGCCGCACUUGUUGUCUGUUUUACUUAUUACCAUAUCUUUCGCAUUUGUCAACAACACAACAGGGAGAUCAGUGAACGGAGGGCACGGUUCCCCAGCCAGGAGAUGGAGCCUGGAGAGGGGAACGGCGGUGGGCAUCACGGAGGACAUGGGCCAGAUCGACGCUAUGCGAUGGUGCUGUUCCGCAUCACAAGUGUUUUCUAUAUGCUUUGGCUUCCUUACAUAAUCUACUUUCUUCUAGAGAGUUCCCACGUGUUAGAUAUCCCUGCCCUGUCCUUCAUCACCACCUGGCUGGCCAUUAGCAACAGCUUUUGCAACUGUGUCAUCUACAGUCUGUCGAACAGCGUGUUUCGCUUGGGCAUGCGCAGACUGUCGCAGACUAUGUGCUCUUUCAGCCACUGUGGUGCAGAUGAAAGGGAGUUUGGGGAGCCCAAACCGAGAAAAAGAGCAAACUCAUGCUCCAUCUGAGGGACUGCUUUAUUAAUGGGGUUAAAAUCCAUUUAAAAAAUUUAAUUUUCAGGUGUAGAGAUGAACAUAGGCUUCUGUUUUGUUAGCCAUUCAGGUGAAUCCAAUUAUGUUGGCUUGGUCAAAAUAAAAUAGUGAGUGGGGUUUUCAAGGAGACGGAUACAGUGUCUAGACAGAGAAUAUUAAUGAGAUGGGCUUUCUGUGAUGGAUUUUAUUAUACCACACCACAGAGGCUUACUCAGGCCUUUACAUUAUACCAGAUGUUUUCUGCUAGGCAGAGUGGAAAAACAAAACUACAAAACCCCUCCAAAAAUGAAAGAUUAUACAUCCACAAUAUGUGACCUUUUAAUUGUAUUUGUGAUUUUUUAUCAUUUGCUUUGUCAUGUCCAUUUAGUUGUGCCCAAGUUUAAGGCUCUCUGUUAAUAUUAGACAUAUGGAAAAAUGCCAUCAGUGACCAUGACAACAGCUGCUGAUAAAUAUUACAGUACACAACCAUGACUGUUUUUAUGUAUUAACUUAUUUAUUGAGGAAAAUAACAUUUUUCUACUCUAAUGUAUUUUCUUAUGUUGAAGAGAAAUUAAAAGUAUUGAUGUCA